AUGGCUGCAAUAAAGCAAUUGGAUUUGAAAACUCAGUUGUUUUCCAGUAGUUCAGUUAAUGAAAAACCACCCAUUCCAAGACCAGUUUCAGGGAAGUUUCAUAACAGGGGUUCUGGCAAGCUCUUUAGGUCAACCUACCAUAGUAAUCUGUAUUCAAAGGAUAGCGAGCAUGAUUUAAGUGCCAACAGUUCAAAUAGAUCACAUGAUGAUAGUUCUACAAAUGGGCUUGAUUUAAUUGUCCAUCCUGACUUUACGGACAAUGAAGGAAUAUCGACCAGUACCCCAAGGUCAGUGCCGAAUUACUGCAGGAGAACACAAAGUGCCAAGGCAAGGACAAGGUUGAAGCCACAAAUUAGUGGAAGGCGAGAGAAAUGCCGACCUGCAAGUGCAGGAAAUAUAAGACAAGGUGGUAGAGCAGCUGUAUGUUCAGAUAAGCCUGUUGCUGUAAUAGAUCUUGUGGACAAGGUGAUACCUGAACUAUCUGAUAUAGAUAGAGAAAGAUUGUUGGCUCUGCCGGAUCCAAAAGAUUUUAACAAUUUACAUGAAUUGCCACCAAUGCACUUUUCAAGGCCCUCCUCGGCUAAAUAUGACAUGGUGUAUGCUGAUAAUGAUGACCAGUCUUUGAGUAAAAGGAAAAAGAAAGUAAGGAAGCAAGAAAAUGAUCUGAAACCAUCUAUUUAUGGAUUACAGAGAAAUAGACAUUUCUAUGGUAGCGCACCAGAUUUGACAAGCACUGACAGUAACUUAGAGCAGUUUCCCUAUAAGUGUUCUGAUGAAUGUGUUGACAAAACUGACAAUGGACCAACUCAAAGUGAUAAAAGAACUACGCCAGCUACCCUAGACCCGUUGUUACCAUGGUUACAGCAUAACAUUCCAGAUGGGGCUCUGGGAGUGGACCCCAGCCAGUGCUUGGUGUUUCUGACCCCUGUGGACUGGGAGGCCCUUCCUGAGGUCCCGGAUGAAUUAGGGGCUGAGGAGGACCUACCAUAUGUGAGGGAUAUCACCUCACCAAAACCAUGGAAUCCUAAGAAAUAUCCACAUUAUUUUAAUAAGCAGCCAGUGGAAGAGUGGGUGUGUCAACAUGGUCAGACCCCGGUACCACCUGGGGAAGGAAAUGUCAUUUACAGGCACACUGUCAACAUGCCAAGAAUGAGAACUGCAGAUGUGGUUAGGAAAGAAAUCACUGAACUGGAGAACCUCAUGAAAGGAGUUGGUCGCCAGGAGAGUGAAUGUGGAAUGGUCCAGUACCAGUCCGAGAUUGCAGCUUUCAAACAGGCCUUGCAGGAUACGCUCGAGUUGGUUCCUGAAAGGCUAAAGAACCCGCCAGAGCCAGUUGAUACUUUUGGUAUGAAAAAGAUCUUCACGGACCAUGACUCGGCCAUACAGGGUAUCGAGGCUCGGGUCAAUGAAUGCCGUGCAGAGUUGGCCGACCUUGAACUUGAGGCUGGAAUCUCUACAGCGCGCAGACAUUUUACCCGGCCAAGAUCAGCGAUAAACUGAGGGCUUUGCCUUUACAAGUCCUUUUUCAAGGACUUCCUAAUGAAAUAUCAUGCAUGUCUCAGAUAUCAUAUUCGGUAUUUUUUCAGCGCAUCUCAGGUUGUAUUCCUGCAAGUUUGGUUUGUUGUCACCUAGCUAGAAAGGUGGGUUUCCUCCGAGUACUGCAGUUUCCCCAACAACAUACAACCACAUUCUGGCCUAGCGUUGUGCCAACAAAAUUGAUUUCUAUAACAAUGUAAGGACUUGUUUCACAAUUGUUGUGUUAAACUAAGAUUUCAUUUGUAUUUUUUAUAUAUAAAAUGACAAUGUUUAAAUGGUUACAGAUUUUCAGGGACUAAAAUACUGGCCUAGCUAGCUAGCUGAACUAAGAUCUGCUGUAGUUGAAAAACUAAAUAACUUUAGUUAAAGGGGCUGUACUCAUUAUGAUAAAGUAGUGAAAAAAAGAGAAAAUUGUCGAAAACUGACAUAAAUUUGGCAUUGAUAUUCACAAUGCAUUGAAAAUUACUAACUGAAGUACCACAUUUUACAAUUCAUUUAAGUUUAGCAGUUAUUUCGUAUUUUUCCAUUAAAAAAGAUUACUGGGUAUGUCUACCAGGGAGAACACAUUCCUCAUGCGUGAUUGGCUAGUUGGUGUUAUCACGUGAUAUUACCGAGGAAGGUGUAAAGCUUAAUUUUGUCACCCAAUAAGAGUAAGCCGUCGUAGCUCAGUGGGUUCGAACCCAGUCUCCGAGACAAUUUUAUUUUUAGAUUUUGGUCAAACAUAACACAUUCUAUUAGAUUAUUGUCCUGAGAUUCGUUACAAAUAAAACCCUUUUUUGGUGCCAAUCUGGUGUACAGUCCCUUUAAAACAAAAGACAAUUAUCAUGUGAAGAAGGUUUUGGUGUAAAAUAAUGAAAAAAAUACAAUAAAUUAAAUUCUUAGGUUUUUCAAAAAUAUUUUACAUGAUGAUAUCAGUAUUAAAUAUUUCAUAUUUUGUAAUUUUUCAAAUUAAAUUUCACCAGUAUUUCUUAAUGAUCAGUAUCUUUAAAAUGUAUAAAAUGACAAAACAUUUUAAAUACAAUAUCAUUAAAUAUCCAAUGAAGAAUUAGGAUCUUUUUAGUGCUAGUCAUUUGUUUGCUGUUUAAUUUUGCUUUGAGUUCAUAUUUUGUUGUUUGUAAUUAGGAUUUAUUUGACUAUUGUAUGCUCAAAGAUUUCAACAUUAUUAUUAUGACUGACAAUUUACAUUGAAUUGGUAUAUUAUAUCAUUUUUAGAAUUAUUUGUAGUAUGCUGCCAUUUUCAUGACUUCCUUGUCAAUCUGACAACAAUAUCACAAUAUACAGAAGCCAUUCCUCAAUCUCAACUCAUUUUAAAUAUAUCAGCAUGGAAUGAAUUUAAAUGUUAUGUUUAGUAUAAUAUGUUUUUACUCUUUUCAAAUAUUUUGUUGAUAAAAAUCUUUGCUCUAAAAAUCUUUGCUCAAUAUUAUAAAGAAAAAAAUAAUUCUAGAGUAAUAACUGUAUUUGAGCAAUGGCUCAAAGAUAAUAAGGUCUACUAAUUUUUUUUCAACAUCGUUAUUUAUAUAUCUUUCAACCAUAGCUUAAUUGAUAAGAAACGAGAAGUUUUUUAAAAAAAAAGAAGAAAACGUGAGAUUUUGAAUCCUGCUUGUUGUUUUCUAAUCAAAUGAGUUGAGAUGAGUUUGUGUGGUUAUUUUUGGUGACAUCUUAGGGCCUAUUGCAUUCUCAUGCUGUAUCAAGAGAUUGUAUAUUUAUAUUAUAAUCAGGGACAAUUUAAUACGCAUUUUAGUGAUAAAUUGUGAGCAUUGUGAUAAAUAUUUCCUAACGAUGUUGUGAUAAUGUUAAUGUAUUUAGACUUUUUCAUACAUUGCUAUGUGUAGUUGUGUUUGUUGGUUUUGACAUAUUAUAUAUGAUUUGUCAACAUUGUGGUAUCAUAAUUUUAUGUCAACAAUGUGAUAUGGUUUUAUUGACUGUCAUAAUGGCCUUUUAUAAACACCAAUCAAAUAUCUUCAUUUUCAUAUUAGCAUUGUUUUUAACCAAUCAAUAGGCUCCACUUUAGUUUAUUCAUAUGGUCCUGUUUUCAGUAUUGACAUUGUCCCUUUCAUUGUGCCCAUAAUGUUACAAGAUUAUAAGGUACCAUAUCAUAUUUUGGAGGACAAAACUUAAAUGACUAUCAUUUCCAAUAUGAUGUGAUUAAUUGGUAAUACUGUAGUUAUUAUGAUAUUUUCUUCAUAUGUGUUUUAUCACUGUGUUGCUUAGAAAUUAUGUUAAAAUUCCUGUUCAGUUUUACUUGCAACUUUAUUAAGUGGUCAACAGUAGCUGGUGUAAGCUUUUCAUGUGUUCCUUGUUAGAGAAUUGCUGAUAUUUUGUUUUGCCUCAUUCUAUUUUUAUAGAAUUCAUUUGCUUUUGCAGUUGUUGCUGUUAUACCAUGAUUUAAUUUUGUAUAAGUUAGAAUGUCCAAUGGGGCAGGAUAGACAUGAACUAUUUGAAGUAUUAUCAAAUGAGGUUAUUCUCUAGUAUUGUGCUGCAUUUUGAAAAUAAAAUGAAACAGUGUGUUGAUGUUGCAGUGCACAAACACGUUACAGUGUACUCAUUAUUAGACAUAAAAGCAAAAAAGGAUUGCCUUGUUUACAAAGCUUUAAUUAUAGUUGUAUAUAAUAGGUAUAGUCAACUGUUUGGGUUUAUGUAAUUUUGCCAUGCAUAUAGGGAUUUUAAAAUAACUUGGCACAAAUGUUCUUGAAGAGAAGACAGUGUGUGGCAUAAAAACCCUGGUCAAGGGCUGGAAGUAGGAUUCCCAGUCAAAGGUCGUUGAUCAAAAUGCUUUGUAUUUUGGCUAGUCAAGGAUUUCACUUCGUCAUGCAUGAGGAGAAUUUAAAAUAACUUUUCACAAAUGUUCACCGUGACUGGACAAUGUAUCCAGUGAAGACUGAGGUCAGCAAGUCAUUUUUCAAAUGUUCUUGUAUUUUGGCUUCUUUGUGUUGUAACUUGGCCAUGCAUAAGAUGAUUUUAAAAUAUUUUGCUACAAAUAUUCACCACAACUUAACAAUGUGCCUGCAAGAGCCAUUAUCUGUAGGUCAAAGAUCAAGGCUACACUUUAGAAUCAUUGACAAAAAAUCGUUGUAUUUUGGCUUGUCCACGCUGUAACUUGGCGUUUCCGUAGGUUAAAGGUCAAGGUCACACAUUCAUGUCUUUAGGUUAAAGGUCAAGGUUGCACUUAAGGGUCUUUGGUCAAAAUUGCUUUUGAUUUUGAGACUUUGAACUAAAUAAUAACAAGUGGGUAGGUUUGCCCCAAAGUGCUCUUGUAUAAACCUAGGCAGCAUAAUUUAUAAACAUUUUAGAUUUUCUCUUCUUCAAAUGUAUUCUUAUUCAUCACCUAUUUAAUUUGUCCAAACCCUCUCUUUGCACAAAUGGUCAAAACCCAGUUGUCAUGGCAUUGCAGUAUGUCUAGUUAUUAAUUGUAAGAUUCCAUGGUAAACAGUAAUCCUUUAUUUUUAUAUUUUAUAUUUAUUAUUGUAUAAUUUCAUGGCAAACAGUUCCUUUAUUGAUAGAUUUCUGUUUAUUAUUGUUCAAUUUCAUGGCAAACAGUUCAUUUAUUAAGAUACGUUAUUUGUAUUAGUGAUUGCUUUGUGAAUGCUCAAAUUUUAAUAAAGCAAACAAA